AUAACUUAGUAAUCAAUUUGGAUGUUGGCGUUACGAUAAUAGAAACUUACGAGCCACAACUGUAAAAUGCAAAGAUGUUAGUAAAUUUACCAAUUCAUUCGACGUUCGUAAAAUCAUUAUAAUAAUGAUAACCCAUCAAAAACGGAAAUUAACUGACAAAAUGCUGUAAAGAUUCCAAUCCAAAAUUUGGCCUUCACAAAAAAAAAAAAAAGGGUUUGCAAAAGGGAAGGACUCCAGUCCGUUGGGCAAAAGGUCUUUAGAGCUCCAAAUGGCUUUGGCAAAGCGUUGCCAAACGCACCCUUGCUCUUAUUAUGUAUCACCGACAUCGUAGAAAUGGUGGAGAAAAAAGGGGAAAGGGGAUACCAUUGUGGAUGAAUGCACUUUGGAGAUAUGACUUUGAUCCUCUUAGUCCAAUCAUAUCAAUCCUGGAUCCACAUGUCCUGAGAUUUUGGUGUACGUUGAGCGCAUCAUGGAUGCUUGUGACACAAGCAUUCACCAAUGCAACCGGUUACUUGUUCGGUUUUUUUUUUUUUUCCUAUUUUAGCAGUCUGGAAUGAAAUUAACACUCGUAGACAGGCACGCAGGCAAAUAAAAACUUCCUGAAAUGAAGGAUCUCCCAGAAACUAUCAACCAGGAAAAGAUGGUACCUAAAAAUGGAAUGUCAAACCAAGAAUGUCCACCAGUUAAUCUAACUCCUGAGUUUGGCCUUUGCCCCUCCCUUAUCCUCUUGUCCUUCUCCAUCUCCCAGUUUCCAACACUAAUCACAACCACCUCCAAUCCUCUCUGCUUGUUCCUCUGAUGAAUCCAUCACCUUUCACAUUAUCGAUUCUCAAGAUGGAAACUCUCAUCUUGUCGCUGUAGUUCUCGAUCCUUCCCGAAAACUACGACUCCUCUUUCUUGCAUGAUAAGUUGUCCUGAGACUCGGAGGGCAGAUAUUGCAACACAAACAUCCAAAGAGUAUGGCUCUUGAAGCCGAGAAAGUCCUCGCAUGUAUUUGCAGAAUCCUUUCGUUAUCUGCGAGGGCCGGUUAUACAUUCAUCCAAAAGCGCCCGCUUGGUUCCGUGAUAGCCUCAUUCUUCCUCCUCCUGUAUCUGUUUUUCCCAUUUGUGUUCAAGCUUCUCAUGUUUAGUAUCCCAGUUGCUUUCUCUGCCAUUGCUCUUGUUCGAGUUCUUUCUAGGGAUGGAACUGGAAGUCUCCGAAUCCCGAAUGCCAGCAAAGACGAGAAAGGUAACCGUGCUUUCACGCCGGUAAAGCGAAACACCAGCGAGGAAGGUGCUACCAAUACGGCUCACCAAUACCAGAAGCCUUUGAUACAAGCGCAAAUGAGCAAACGUCGAAACUUCAAGACAAAAAGGGAAGAUCCGGAUGCUGAAGGUGGUGGUGCUAAGGAGGUGAAACGCGUGACUUUUUCUACAACUUGCGAUGAUAGUCUGAUUGGCGGAGACAGAAAGGACCAGGAGAACGACCCUGGUUUACUUUUUGGGGGCGGGUCUUGUUCCUUGGGUAAAGGAGAGAGCUCCAUUUCCCAUGAAUCAGAUAGAGGAGAUUUACAACCUGUGAAUGAGCACCCGCUAACCUCAGAGUCGGGAGAUCUGAAGCCUGAAAUUGAAGUUUCUAAUGAUGAUAAGGGUGGCGUUACAGGUCAGUUAGAGGCGGAUAUCUUGGCAGAAGCAGAAUAUGAAGACGAAGAAGAGGCGCAAGAGGAUGGGAACAAGGCUGUGGAAUGGACAGAGGACGAUCAGAAGAAUCUCAUGGACCUUGGCCUGUCCGAGCUAGAAAGGAACCAGAGAUUGGAGAAUUUAAUCGCAAAGCGAAGGGCGAGGAAAUUCAUGGGGACAAAGGUCCAGGAGAAUUUACUUGACUUGGACAUCGGUCCUGCGGGUUAUAUUCCGCCUGUUCAGAUUUCGAAGAACCCUUUCGAUCCCCCUAGUUGCUCAGAUCGGGCUCUAGACUCGCAGAUACCCAGCUCAGCUCCUUCAGUUAUGUUGCCUGCGCGGAACCCUUUUGACCUUCCUUAUGACCCUCAAGAGGAGAAGCCGAAUCUCACAGUGGACGGUUUCCAAGGCGAGUUCCUUGCAAAUCAGCCUAAGGACAUCUUCUGUAGGCACGAGAGCUUCUUCCUAGGGCCCUCUUUCUCAGUAGAAACCAGCCUAGAUCAAGUUCUCAGGAAUGCCGAUCCUUACUCUGUCACAGAGAACAGGGCUCUGAGAGAGCCACAAUUCCCCAGAUUCAGAAGGUUCUCAGCUAAAGGAGAUCAUGACAGAUUAGUGGAACAAAUUCUGUACCGCAGAGACUAUGGAAUGGGUUCUAGCAAGGCUGAACAUGAAACUAAACCUGAAAAUGAUAAUGGCGGGGGAGCAGGUCUUGAAGAUAAGCGGGACGGUGCUGAGGACAUCGAGCUGAAGGUGUUUAAAGAUGAAAACCAAGCAGGUUCUAUUGAUGAAGAAGACGGCGACCAGAGCUCCAUAUCAACAUCAGACAGUGAUGGACAGGCAACAAGUGGGGAUGGGAACGAAGUUCUGAUCAGUCCAAAAUUUCCCGAUACGGCAACGAUUUCUGUGCACAAGACCUUUGAAUAUUCAGUACCUAAUGGCAUAGCAACAGAUGGGGAUUUGUCUAGUCCACUUGCUAUGGACAAUCUAGAGAAGCGGACGGGCCAUUCCUCCACAUACUCCAUAGCUUCCGACAUGCAAGUGGAGGUCUCCGAAUCCAGUUCCCCUCGGACUGUAGAUUACGCUACUUCACCUGCUGAGCUCGAGUGCUCCACUAAUUCUGAAGAUGUCGGAAAGGAGGUUACUCCGUGUAGUGAAGAAAUAUGGGGAGCCUUGUCCCACCUAACUGGAGUAGAGGAAGAUGAACCAAAAGGCGACAUAGAUAAUUUCAAAGCAAACGAUAGCUCGAAGGAUCCAUUUGGAUCAUCCAUUUCCCUCCAAGAAUUGUGUAAAGAAGAUUCAGCUGAUGGAGUUUUUACGACCACAAGCCUGAAAGUCACAGUACCGACAGAAGGUCCAGAUAUAUCGGAUUCUCAUGAUAAAAGCCAUACGAUGGGGUCUGAUUAUCCUCCAGAAGCUAAAGACCUACAAUCAACACCACCGGCGCAGAAUUUGGUGCCCCAUCAAGCUGAAGAGAGACAAUCCCAGAAGACAGAGGAAUCGGUUAAUCCUCUUGAGAAGUCGACUGGAGAAGCCAACAGCACACAAGGAGAUAUGGACUCCAGUGAUAGCAAUAAGGAAGAAGUAGACAACUUGAAAACCAGCGGAGAAAGUUAAAGGAUUCUCUUCAGGACCAAGACCUCUACUUUUAGCACUAGUUCAAAGAUACGUGGGUGAAUGCUUGAGGAACAAAAAAUCAGCACCAACACAAA